AGUUUCAGUCUCAUCUUCUCUUCCGAUUUUCUCGCUUCAGCCUUCAGCCGCACGCCCGCCUUGAGCCCGUGACUCCGUCGCCCGCUACUCCAGCUCCGUGGUUUCAAUUGUACGGUUUUUUGUGUGUUGGAAUGAGUAUGGUAGAAGUACUAAGAUGUCAGCUUGCAUUACAUGGGUAUGGCAAGUGUGCCCCAUUGUUGUGUUCAAAAGACCACCACUUAAGCCUUCCAAGUAAAGGUUUUGUCAGUGAUGCACAUUCUCUUGUUGCUUCCAGACCCAGAAAGAUGUUUGUAUUCAGAAACAGUGGUCUUGAAAUGUGUAUUUCUGAUGGGUGGUUGGCAAUUCCAAGAGUAAAAUGUGUAAUUAGGUUCAAAGAAUCUAGUAUACAAUCUAAUGCUGUUAACAUUGAAUUUGAGUCAUCCUGUGAAGAGGAUAAUGCUCCUGCUAAUGAUGAAAAAGAAGGAUUAAAUGAAAAUAUGUUUCAGCAAAAGUUGCCUCUUUUGAAGAGUUUGGUACAUAAAAAGGAUAUAAAUAGUAGUGCAGGGGCUGCUAAUCUAAGUGGAAGUAAGGUAUAUUACUUGGAAGAAAGAAAUGAAGACAUAUUAUCAAAGAGGAUCUUGAAACUUAGCAGAUCAAACAAGGUUAGGAGUGCACUAGGACUUUAUAAGUCAAUGAUAUUUUCAGGUCUUCGACCUAAUUUACAUGCCUGCAAUUCCCUUCUUUCCUGUAUCUUGAGGAAUGGAAUGCUUGAUGAUGCCUUGGAGAUCUUUGAGUUCUUGAAGGAAGGUAACAUGACCACUGCUCACACUUAUAGUUUAAUUCUAAAGGCAGUUGCUAAAGAUUGGGGGGAUGAUGCUGCAUUACAAAUGUUUGAGGAGAUGUGCAAAAAUAGUGACACUAGCAAAGGAUUUGAUGUUGUUGUCUAUAACACAAUGAUAUCAGUUUUUGGAAAACUAAACAACUGGGUUCAGGCUGAGAAAAUUUGGAGGAUUUUACAAAACAGAAGCCUUGUAGGAACCACGGUCACUUAUAGCAUAUUAAUAUGCCUAUUUGUUCGUUGUGGUCAGAAUGAACUAGCACUCGACACAUAUAGUGAGAUGGUUCAAAAUGGAUUGACACCUGAUGAUGAUGUAAUGCAAGCAAUUAUUGGAGCAUGUGUGAAGGAGGGGAACCAUGAUAUGGCAUUUUCUAUGUUGCAAGGUAUGUUAAAUAGAGGGUUGAAGCCAAAUGCAAUAUCAUGCAAUGUAGUGAUCAACUCACUUGGGAAAGCUGGUAAACCCAAGCUUGCAUUCAAGGUUUAUGAUCUCAUGAAGUCACUGGGCCAUGUGCCUGAUGCAUACACAUGGAAUGCACUUCUUGGUUCCCUGAACCGGGUGAAUCAACAUGCUGAUGCAAUUCGAUUCUUUCAAAGGAUCAGGAAACAGCAAAACAACAUCCUGAACUUGCAUAUAUACAAUACAAUUCUGAUAUCUUGCCAGAGACUUGGGCGUUGGGAAAAAGCAGUGGAAAUGCUAUGGGAAAUGGAGGCUUCUGGACAUUCUGUUUCAACAUCCUCAUAUAAUCUUGUAAUUGGUGCUUGUGAGGUUGCAAGAAAGCCAAAGGUUGCAUUGCAAGUUUAUAACCACAUGAUUCACCAAAAAUGUUCUCCCGACCUAUUCACUCUGCUGUCUCUGAUAAGAAGUUGCAUCUGGGGGUCACUUUGGGAUGAAGUUGAGGAGAUACUAAAUCAUUCUGCGCCGAAUGGAUCCUUGUACAAUGCUGCAAUUCAGGGAAUGUGUCUGACAGGCAGGAUUGAUCUUGCUAGGAAGGUGUACAUAAAAAUGCAUCAGAGUGGUCUCAAAGCUGAUGGGAAAACAAGGGCUCUGAUGCUGCAAAACUUACAGAAAGAUCUCAGGAGAUGACAGUACCUGAUUGACCAUGGGAAAUCAGUUCGCUAUGAUCCUGAUUGAGAGCUACUGCUCUCAUUUCUAUAACUGAAAGGAUGAUCAAUGGUUGGCACUAAGUAGGGCCAGGCCAAAAAUGCGUGGAUGACUUGGCUGAAUUCAGGAAAAGGUCAUGUAAAUUUAUGAAUGAAGCCAAUAUACCUUGCAAUUGAACAGAUCAAGAGGUUAUUUUACUCGUACCAAUUUUUUUUCCUUGUUAGGUUGGUUAUCUUCUCUUUAACGUAAUCAAUGUUCUGUCUUAAACUAGAGAAACAUAGGAAACGUUGAGGAAACAACAGUUAAACAGAUUAAAGUAAUCUUUUCUUUUACAUAUGGAAAUCUUUUGGUUUAUCAUAUAAAAGUGUAACAUGGUUGUGCUCUAUGUUCUUUUACAUCCCAGAUCCGCAUGUUUGUCGUCAUCUUUCCUCAUCUUUCAAAUCAAAACAUUUUGCUCUAAGGAGGAAUACAUUUCAGUUUUUAUUGCAGCUUCAAUCAUUGCAUUGACAUGAUUUAUUUUCUUCUAGGAAAAAGGAGAAACCACAACAGUGCUUGCUGGAGAGAACACAAAUUUUUGAGUAUUAUUGUCAAGUUUGCAUCUUUGCAUCAUAGCAGAAAGUCAGAACUCUCUCAUCAUUCAUCCAUUCCUUCAUCCUUCCCGUGACUCUCCCCCUACCACAAACAUCAUGUCAGUAUCAUUGCCUGCUUGCUCAGAAAGUUUCUUCUGAAUCAGGAGGUUCUUCAACUCUCAUGAAAACAAGCUUUUGCAGGGGAGGUUGUCCAUUGGAAAAUUUUGUAACCUCAAUGUCUACCAAAAUUGUGUCUUCAUCCCUAAACUCUCCUCUUAGUAUCCCUUUGGCAAGCUCAUUUUCAACAUUCUGCUGAAUUGUUCGCCUCACAGGCCGGGCUCCAUAAUUUGGGUCGUAACCAAGAUUUCCAAGCAGUUGAACUACUGCAUCAGUCACUCCCAGCUUCAUCUUCCGAUCAGCUAACCUCUGUUGCACUCGUGCCAACUACAGAAAAACACCAUAAAUUUUGUCAGUCAACAUCACCCAGUUACAAACAUUAUGAAAUAGAUCGAGUGAUGUACCUGUAAUCUAACGAUACUAUUGAUCUGCUCUCGAGCAAGAGGCUGGAAUACUAUGUAUUCGUCAACCCUAUUCAUGAACUCGGGCCGGAAAAUAGCUCCUGCAGCCUCCAUUACUCUUUGCUUCAUGGUUUCAUAAGACACCUCUCUUGGUAAGCUGUCAUCAUCUGUGUUGAGUAUAUAUUGUGAACCCACAUUUGAUGUCAUGAUAAUGAGUGUGUUCGUGAAGCUCACAGUGCGCCCUUGCGAAUCAGUCACUCUACCAUCAUCCAAGAUUUGAAGAAACACAUUGAAUACAUCAGAAUGAGCUUUUUCUAUUUCAUCAAACAAGAUGACUGAAUAUGGCCUCCUGUGAACGGUCUCUGUCAGCUGCCCUCCUUCUUCAUACCCAACAUAUCCAGGAGGGGCGCCGAUCAGCCUUGAAACUGCAUGUUUUUCCAUGUACUCGCUCAUAUCAAUGCGUACCAGUGCUUCCUCUGUGUUGAACAAGUAUGAAGCAAGUGCCUUUGCUAGCUCCGUCUUUCCAACGCCAGUAGGCCCCAUGAACAUAAAACUAGCAAUUGGGCGGCGAGGAUCUGAAAGGCCUGCCCUGGAUCGCUGGAUGGCUUCAGCCACGGAUUUCACUGCAGGAUCUUGGCCAAUAACUCGUUUAUGCAGCUCUUCAUCCAAAUGCAGCAGUUUCUCCCUUUCUGAUUGCUGCAACUUGGAGACAGGAAUUCCAGUCCAUUUACUCACAAUAUCAGCAAUGUCAUUUCCCGUGACCUCUUCUCUGAGCAUCGAUUUUCCAGACCUCAUAUAUUCAUCUAGCUCUCUCUCUGCAGUUUCAAGUUGAUGCUGCAAUGAAUUCAGGCUCCCAUACUUGAGCUCCGCAGCUCUAUUCAGAUCAUACUCCCGCUCUGCAUGCUGAAUCUCAACAUUUACUCUAUCAAUCUGCACAGUACCCUCAACUCAGCAAGUGGAGGCAUUGAUCAUCACUAAAAUGGCUAAUAGAGGAAAAAAUCAUACCUCUUCCUUGAUGGACUGUAUGUGGGUCAUGACACUCUUUUCAUGCUCCCACUGCUCAUUUAGCUGAGCUUGUCUCUGCUUUAAUAGAGACAACUCAUCCUCAAGGCGACUUAAACGGUCCUUGGAUGCUUUGUCUGUAUCGCUAGUAAGUGACAGCCUCUCCAUCUCCAACUUAACAACAGCGUGGUUGAUCUCAUCAAGUGCAGAAGGUUUUGAAGUGAAUUCCAUUUUCAGCUUUGCAGCAGCUUCAUCCACUAAAUCAAUAGCUGCAAAUGGGCAAAAUGGUAUCAGCACUUUAUGAAGGAAAUCUUCUUGGUAGAAUGCUACUCUAUAUCCAACCUUUGUCAGGUAAAAACCGUCCACUAAUGUAGCGAUCUGAAAGAAUGGCAGCAUCGACUAAUGCAGUAUCAGAAAUACGAACGCCAUGGUGCAGCUCAUAUCUUUGGCGCAAUCCCCGUAAUAUAGAGAUCGUAUCUUCAACAGCAGGCUCAUCAACAUACACUUGCUGGAACCUACGCUCCAAUGCCGGAUCUUUUUCAAUAUGUUUUCUGUAUUCAUCCAGCGUGGUCGCCCCAAUACAGCGCAACUCACCACGACCAAGCAUGGGCUUCAAGAGAUUGCCGGCAUCCAUAGAACCGUUUGUGCCGCCUGAAAAACGAAUAAAUAGGAAGCAUUUUGAAACCCAGGCAAGGAGAUUCAUCAUAAGUUUUGAAUAGUUUUACCUGCUCCAACAACAGUGUGCAUCUCAUCAAUGAAAAGGAUAAUCUGGCCUUCAGAUUCAGUCACCUCCCUGAGCACAGCCUUGAGUCUAUCCUCAAAUUCUCCCCUAUAUUUUGCACCAGCAAUGAGUGCACCCAUAUCCAGUGAUAUCAACUGCAUAAACCAAUUGAAGUGUCUUAGCUAGUAAACUAACAGUAUGAAUUUGGCAGUUCCAAUUCUAAAUCUCUGUAUUACCCA